GGUUUAGCUCAACUCUGUCGCAAAUUUAAAUAGCUUCGACGUACGAGUAAAACUCGCGUUGGAUAUCUAAUCGUCUGGGCCAUCCGACUAGACUUUUCUUUGUAGGUGGGACCCAGUGGGCCCCGCUGAAUACCCGUCCGUGAGUUUUUGGAGUUUCUAAGGAAAACGAACUUCUGUUCAACUAGUGAUGAUAAACUUACUAGAGCUAAAAAGUUGUUCACGAGCAGGAUUCAAACAAAAGUAACAGUUAGUAUACUAAUAAAACUGUAAAACAUUAUACUACUCUACAUAUGAUUAAACAACCCACCACGGAGAAAAAGGCUCCAGCUAUGAAUUCUACCGAGAUUCAGAGACAGAGUCUGUAUUAUGUGAUCCACUUUGAGAAAUUCCUUAAAUAAUACAUAUUAUCGGAGGAUACGAUUGAACAAUGUCGAUGCCUGUCACUCCGGAAGAUUCUUCGGCAACCACACCAUCACCACCACCACUUUCAGUGGAGGCAGAGGCCCCCAGUCCUUCACCACCACCAUCCACAUUGGGUCCUUCAGCGUCUCCACCAAUUCCUGUUGUGUUGUCACCCCCACCUACAAAUUUAGCUUCCCCACCACCACCAAUUCCAGUAACACCUCCUCCACCUGUCUCAUCACACCCAGCGCCGCCAAAUCCAGUUUUAUCACCGCCACCACCAAUUCCAGUUACACCUCCUCCACCUGUCUCAUCACAACCAGCGCCGCCAAAUCCAGUUUUAUCACCACCACCACCAGUAACGUCACCGCCACCACCAAGUCCAGUUUUUUCACCACCCCCAACAAGAAGUCCAAUUUUAUCACCACCACCUGUGUCAUUGCCUGCUCCACCACCUCCAGCCACUCUCACACCUCCGCCUCCAGUAAGCCCUCCAUCGCAUCUUCAGCCUCCACCAAUACCACCAGUUUUAUCACCACAACCUGUGUCAUUGCCUGCUCCACCACCUCCAGCCAUUCUCACACCUCCGCCUCCAGUAAGCUCUCCAUCCCCUCUUCAGCCUCUACCAACACCACCAGAAACUUCUCCACCUCCAGCAGUAACUCCUCCACCGCCUCUGCUAUCUCCACAACCCCCAACAACUUCUCCGCCUAAUUUAACAUCUCCACCACCGCCAGCAACUUCUCCCCCGCCUUUAGUAUCGCCGCCACCACAAACAUUGCCAUCCACACCAAAGCCUCCCACUUCGCGGCCAAUUAUGAAUGGAAGUCCUCAUGUUAUGUCAGGACACUCUCAUAUAUCUACAGCAUUAGUGAUCGGAUGUGCUUUUGCUGCAGUUGUUCUGCUUCUCUUAUGUUGGAAAAUAUGCAUUUGUUGGAGAUCAAAGAGAAGAAGAAACCAUGGUUCUUCUAAACACGAGAGAAGAUUUCCAGACUUGGCACCAAAAGAUAAGCCUUAUGGUGGCCUGUCAAAUGGGAUGCAUGUUAUCACGGUGCUACCAACGCCCUCUGCCCCACCUCUCCCAAGCAAUAUUGAAAACUCUGGUUGUGUGACUUAUAAGAACGGUUUGCUACAUCAAGCACGUGAUCCAACCUUGGGAUCAUCAUGUGCUGCUUUCACUUAUGAUGAACUUGUUGUGGCUACUAAUGGCUUCUCAGAGUCCAAUCUUCUUGGAGAGGGGGGGUUUGGAUAUGUACACAGAGGAGUCAUUCCCAGCGGAAAAUUUGUCGCAAUCAAGCAGUUAAAGGACGAUAGCCAUCAAGGAGAACGUGAAUUCCGGGCAGAGGUUGAGAUCAUCAGCCGGGUGCAUCACAAACACCUUGUUUCAUUGGUUGGUUACUGCAUUGCUGGGCCCCAGAGAUUGCUUGUUUAUGAGUUUGUUCCAAACAACAACUUGGAGUUUCACUUGCAUGGAAACAUGUGUCCUGUUAUGGAAUGGGCUACCAGACUGAAAAUCGUUAUCGGGGCUGCAAAAGGACUGGCAUACCUCCAUGAGGAUUGUAACCCAACAAUCAUUCAUCGCGAUGUCAAGGCAGCUAAUAUUCUUCUAGAUCAUAAUUUUGAAGCUAAGGUUUCGGACUUUGGACUGGCGAAAACUUUCUCUACUACCAAUACCAUCAUUACUCAUAUUUCUACCCGAGUGGUGGGAACUUUUGGGUACUUGGCUCCAGAAUAUGCAUUGAGUGGUCGUUUAACGGUUAAGUCUGAUGUAUAUUCCUUCGGGGUCAUGCUUAUAGAGCUUAUAACUGGACGUCCACCUAUCAGUGCUACAGAAUCCGAAAUGAACCAAGGACUGGUUAGCUGGGCCAGGCCAUUACUUGCCCAAGCCCUGGAAGAUGGCAAUUUCGACGCACUUGUUGAUCCACGGCUAGGGUAUAACUAUAAUACCAAUGAACUUGCUAGCAUGGUUGUUUGUGCUGCUGCUUGUGUGCAACAGUCGUCACUGCUUCGUCCGAAAAUGAGCCAGGUAGUCCGCACCUUAGAAGGAGAAAUCCCUCUGAAUGAUCUAUCUGGACCAAAUACGCUUAUGCAGAAGACAUCUUUUACUUCUUGGGGUAGUGAUACUGGUCUACAGUACAAGAACAUAAAAGAACUCAACAAGGAAUUGGAAAGACAGGAGCAUGGAUUCACUAUGUACAGCGGAACCACAAGUGAAUAUGGUCUAAACCCAUCUAUCUCGAGUACCGAUACCCAGCAACACCACGUGAGAACAGCUGAACAGGCCUAAAGCAUCCAAAACCCUAUAUUCUGUUGUUGGAGCAUUGACAACCAAAUCGUAGAUUUUUGUAAAGUUUCUUUAUUUUGGUACAGAAUUUUUCAGAGUAGUGACUGGAGAGAACUAAAACCCAGUAACUGCUCCAUGGUAAUACUCCAAGAAGUUGCUACAAGUGAUGCGAGUUGUUCUUUAGAAACUACAAAGAAUUACCAUUGAAGUAGGAAUUUAUUUCUCUAAAUGCAGCUUAA